GAAAGGCAGCAAAGCAGUACUUCUCUGAGAGAAAACAUGGCUGGUAAGAUUCAGGUUCUGACUUUGGACGAGAGAGAGCAGCUGCUCCCAAUGCUCCGCAACGCACAGUGGGCCGAAGUGGUGGGUAGGGAUGCACUCUAUAAGGAGUUUAUUUUCAAAGACUUUAACCAGGCCUUUGGGUUCAUGUCUAGAGUAGCUCUGCAGGCUGAGAAAAUGGACCAUCAUCCCGAGUGGUUCAAUGUUUACAACAAGGUUCACAUCACUCUCAGCACACACGAGUGUGGAGGACUAUCUAAGCGUGACAUUUCCCUUGCUACUUUCAUUGAUCAAGUCUCAGUGUUGUGAAGAUGACUCUUUUUCUUUUUGGCAGAAACAGACCAGACCCCUUAUGUCUCACAUUGAUAAAUCAAAUGUAUUUAGUGGGAGGGGUUUCCAGAUACAAACUUAUCAAACACUAAUUGAAAACUUUGAUGGCCUGUUACACAGACAGUAUCAAUAAAAACAUGAGAUACAUCAUCUGUAUAAUCCUAUGGUGAGAAUAGAGCUAUCUUUACUGGAUGGGCUCGUGUCUUAUAUGUAGCCCAGUAUCGUUUCUGUCCUGAAAAAAUAUUGUGCCUUUAUUUUCUAUUCACUGUGCACAGGGUAUUGUUGUCCUUAUAAGCUCGACUUUGUAGAGUGUCUCAACCAUAUUGACUGUUAGACCUACAGCUGUUUCAGAAAUAAAGCUGAGCUUUUGAC